AUGGUCAUCAAAACAGACCUCUGCAACUACACGGAGUACAGAAUCUACCCCGGCCACGGUCAAAAGUUCGUGGCGAAGGACGCAAAGGUUAACUUCUUCAUCUCAGCCAAGGCAGACUCCUUGUACCACCAGCGCAUCAAGCCGGUCAAGCUCCGCUGGACUCAAGCCUGGCGUCGGCAGAACAAGAAGGGCAAGGUCGAAGAGGGCGGCAAAAAGAAAGCCCGCAAGGCGCAGAAGUUUCAGAAAGCAAUUGUGGGCAUGUCCUUGGAUGAUCUCAAGAAGAAGAAAGCCAUGAGGCCUGAGCUUCGCCAGGCACGGGAGCAGGCCGCAAAGGAGGCCAAGGCCAAGCAGCAGGCAGACAAGAAAAAGGCAGCCUCCAGCAAGCCGGCAGUUGCCAAGGGGAAAGCCGACAAGGGGGCGAAGUUGCCGAAGGGUGGAGGUGCCCCAGCUGGUGGUUCCAAGAACUUCAAGGGCAAGAAGUGA